CAGAGGACGUUAGCAAUCAACUUUAGUUCGCUUGUUUAUUUCCCAAAUGUAUGCAACUGAUUGUUUCCUUUAACCAGGCUGCAAUUGAUUGUUAAAUGGAAACAAAAUUAGUGCGAGAGAGAGAUUCAUCUUUGGUAACGACUCCAGCUUUGGAGGAGAAUCCAAAUUUGACAACAACUUUAGCAUCAGAGAAGGUUUCAUUUUUGACAAAUCCAGCGUCAGAGAAGGAUCCAUCUUUGACAAUAAAUCAGGCAUUAGAGAGGGAUCUAUCUUUGAUAACGUCUCCUAUGUCAGUGAAGGACUCAUCUUUGACAACUCAGGCUUCCGAAACGGAUUCAUUUUUGACAACUCAGACGUCAGAAAAUGAUUCAUUUUUUACAACUCCCGCAACAGAGAACGAUCCAUCAUUAACAACUCAGGCGUCACAUAAGGAUCCAUCUCUUACAACUCUGGUGUCAGAGAACGAUCUAUCUUCGACAACAGCUCAGGCGUCAGAGGAGGACCGAUCUUUGAUAACAACUCAAGCAUCAGAGGAGGAUCCGUCGUCAACAACUCAGACAUUAGGGAAGGAUCAAUCUUUGACAGAAACUCAGGCAUUAGACAAGGAUCCAACUUCGACUACAACUCAGGAUUUCGAGAAGGAUCCACCUUCAACAACUAAGGCUUCAGAAAAUGAUUCAUUUUUGACGCCAACUCAGGCAUCAGAGAAUGAUCCAUCUUCAACAAAUGAGGCGUCAAAUAAGGAUCCAUCAUUAACAACUCCAGCGUCAGAGAAGGAUCUAUCUUCAACAACUCAGGUGUCAGAGGAAAAUCAAUCUUUGAUAACAAUUCAGGCGUCAGAGAAAGAUCCAUCCUCGACAACAACUCAGACAUUAGCAAAUGAUCCAUCUUCGAAAACAACUCAGGAGUUAGGGAAGGAUCCAUCUUCGACAACAACUCAGACAUUAGGGAAGGAUCAAUCUUUGACAGCAACUCAGGCCUUAGACAAUAUUUCAUCUUCGUCUACAACUCAGGCUUUAGAGAAGGAUCCAUUUUCAACAACUAAGGCUUCAGAAGAAGAUUCAUUUUUGGUGACAUCUCAAGCUUCAGAGAAUGAUCCAUCUUUAGAAUUAGCUCAGGCAUCAGAGAAUGAUUCAAUGUUUACAACAAAUCAGGAGUCACAGACUGAUCAAUCUUUAACAACUCAGACGUCAGAAAAUGAUCCAUCUUUAACAACAGCUCAGGCGUUAGAGAAGGAUUCAUCAUCAACAAUUAGGGCUUCAGAGAAGGAUCCAUCUUUAACAACUCAGGCGUCGGAGAAGGAUCCAUCUUCAACAACAACAACUCAGGCAUCAGAGAAGGAUCUAUCUUCGACUACUAAGGUGUCAGAGAAGGAUCCAUCAUCAACAACUACUCAAACACUAGAGAAGGAUCCAUCUUCUACAACAACUAAUGCAUCUUCGACGACAACUCAGCUGUUAGAGAGGGGUCCAUCUUUGGCAAUAGAGAAGAUACCUGACAAGGCAUUUUUAAAAGUUGAUAGAAUGCCAAGUGAUACGAGCAGUUUAAACCUUCCACCAUCAGGGCCGGGUCAUAGGCGUUCAAAGAGUGAUGUAUCAUCUGGGAAUGGGGGCAAACGCAGCAACGGUUUCCAAAAAUGGAAGCAUCAAGUUCAAAGGGCUUUAAAAUGGGGUAAAGAUGAAAGUAAGGAUUACAAUUUUAAUCCUGAAAUUUUGGCUGACCAAAAGCGCCAAUGGUAUCAGCUUCAUUCGAAUUCCUCGGGCCUUACAUAUACAGAACCUACCUCCCUUUUUGAACACUUCAUUAUUGCCGGUCUUCAUCCAAAUUCUAAUCUCGAGGUUGUGGAAGCUGCAUACGCCAGACAAAAAACGUGGGAAAUGCUUAAUAGAAAUAAAAUGUCGCCUGAUCCUAAGAGGAUGCGGAAUAUGGAGCCUCCAUCAUUGGAACCUGAGAUCCUGUUUGAGUAUCCUCCUGGGAAGAGAUUAUCUAUGAGUCCUAAAGAUUUAGCAGCCUUUUGCUUUCCCGACAGCAUAAAGCCACAUGUAUUGGAGAGGACCCCAUCGUUAAGUGAGCUGAGUGAAAUUUUUUUUGGACAGGGACAUUUGAGCACAGAUGACUUAUCAUUUGUAUUCUCACUAAAGGUUGCAGACAAUGCAACACUUUAUGGUGUCUGCUUGCUUGUAAAAGAAAUUGUUCAGAGGCCACCUACUCCACGCACAAUGUCAGAGGAUUCACUGCCUCUGCCCACUUCUUAUGAAGUGUGUAGUCGUGUUUUGACUUCUGCUCCUCGCUGUUACUGUGUAUUAACAAGAGCCCCUUUCUUUGAAUUACAUUAUGAGAUGCUAAAAAGUAUAAUUACACAGGAGAGGCUGACUCGGGUAACACAGUUUGUUAAUUAUGUGAGUCUGCAUGAUCAUGCCCCAUCAAUAUCCAGGUCUCAUGAUCAAAAGAAGGAGAAUGGGGAUCCUCAUAAACAGGAGAGUUCCGCUGAUUGGAUGGCUACUGCAAUACCACUUGAUAAUGCUGUAGCUCUUACUGCUGCUGCUGCGGGUUUCAUUACAGAUGAUGAGAUAUACUCAUCCUCACCCAAAGGGGAGCAUUGCUCUUCAGAGAGAACUUCUACUGAGACUUCAGAGCAUAGUCAUGUCCAGGAAAUAGUUAUUGAAAGUGGAAAGAAUUUGAAGAGUCUUGAUGAUUGCACCUCUGAGGCAUCAGAAACUCUUCCUGAUGGUUUGGGUGUAGAACAUAAAUUACAGGUGGUAGAUGCCAAUCCUAGAAUACAUGCAGUGGAUCACCCUGAAAGUUAUGAAUCCUUGAUCAGUUCAGUAAGCUCGAUGGGCGAAGAUGAAAAAUUAAGUAGUAAUGGCCAAAUUUCUAAAGAAGAUUGGAUAGCGGAAUGGGCCAAGGAGAACAAUAACGCUCUGCUUCAAAUCAUCUGUGCUUAUUAUUCAAUGCCUUUUCCUGAAAGAGGAGGGGAAAUAUCUUUUAAACCACUUGAACAUCUACAAACAGUUGCUUACCAAAGGCCUUCUGUUUCUUCUCUGACACAAACUGAUAAGCAUUUAAACAGUAUAAGGUGGGAGACAUUGAGUGAUUUGGAGGGAGAUAAGAAGUUAGCUGCUGCGGAGGAAGCUGCUGCACUCUCAAUAUGGACAACUGCUGCAAUUUGUCGCGCACUUUCUCUUGAAAACAUUUUGACCUUGCUGACAGGGGUAUUACUGGAAAAACAAGUGUUGUUCGUCUGUCCAAACCUGGGAGUUCUAUCGGCUAUGGUCUUAUCUAUUAUUCCUAUAAUCCGACCUUUUCAAUGGCAAAGCUUAUUUCUUCCCGUUCUCCCGGGGAAGAUGAAAGAUUUUCUUGAUGCUCCUGUUCCUUAUAUUGUCGGAAUGCAGCAGAUGCCAACUGACUUCAAGCUAAAAACAUCAAAUCUCAUUUAUGUUGAUGUAGAAUGUGACGAGGUGAAUUCAUGCAAGUUACCUGCACUCCCAGAUUAUAGAGAUCUGAUCUCCGAACUUGGGCCAAUCUAUUUUAGAAUGUCAAAGCACUACGCAAUUGCUAAAAAGCGUCCAGUGUACAGUUACAAUGAAACCGAGGCUGAAGCUGCUGGACGUUUUCUGGCUGUCAUGAGACGCUACUUAUACUCACUCUGUACGGAUAUGAGAUCUCAUACAAUUACUAGUGUACGAGCAAACAAUGACAGGGUUUCGAUUCUUUUAAAGGAUAGUUUUCUUGAUUCCUUCCCCAGCAAAGACCAACCGUUUGUUAAGCUAUUCUUGGACACACAACUCUUCUCGGUACUAUCAGACUCUUAUCUGUCAAAUUACGAUAACUAAAAUCAGUAAACAUAUGAAAACAACUCCAAUAUGCAUAACCAAUCUGAGCUAAAGAAACAGGAAGCAAGUAAUG